CUACUUCAAUCCCAAACACCUGAAACAUAGUAUGCCAGUUAAAAACGUAUUUCGAUUCUAUUAGCUGCUCUGCUUCAUUCCAUGUUGACACUGUCUAUCGUCGCUUAUAUCAACAAGCUAGAUAUAGGCCUAGUACACAUUCCAACCAUGAGUACAUUAAACUACUCCCCACCAGCUUUGGCUGAACAUUGUAGUGAAAGAGAAGAGGAGGAUGUCACCGUAAUGGAGAAGAUUGAGCUUUUAGAGUGAACGGAGAUGAGGGCGAAAGGGAAGACAGCGAUUUUGGAAUUAAUGAGGAGGGGAGAUCGGAGAGCUGAUUACAAUCCGUGAUGGCGUUAAUAACCCUUUUUUUGGUUGUAGUCGGGCAAACCGCAAAGAAGAAGUUGAAGCAGACGUUGGUUGGGCCCCGAAAAGCUAAGCUAGCUUUCUCAAUUUACACCAGUGACGUGCACAGUGCAAAAAUAUACGUUACCUUCAAAUUUACCAAACGCCCUCAAAUAAUAAAUGCAAAAAUGUGCAGACAUCUGACACUCACCUGAAUACUUUGGACGGAUACUACAUACAACCUAUCCUUUUUUCAACUAUGGAUCAGGAGUGUAAAGACCUGCCAAGCCCGUCUUCACCGUUCUCUGAUCAAACACUCACAGUGUCCCAUCCUGAAAGUAACCAUGGUGAACAGGAGAAUGCACUGCAUGGUCGGGAGAUGGUUGCUGGGGGCCUUGACUAUGGUAGUGUAACACCAUUAAUCCCAGGAAUGAGUGUUGAUCUCAAGGAGGCUGGGAUGUGUUGGUCAUGGAGUUUUCCAGGAGAGAGUUCCAAUCAAUCCUCUGUCAGCGAGUGGAACCCUUCUGCGUCAGAAAAACCUGGACAUUCUACGUCGGAAGAAAACAACAAUUCUAAAUCUGAAGGACCUGUAUAUUCUACAAUAGGAGAACUGAACGAUUCUACAUUGGAAAAGUCUAUGUUGACAAUACCUGAACAUUCUACUUCAGAACUACCUGAACAAACUCAAUCCGCUGAACCGAACCAACGACAGGAGAACCAGGAGAAUCACACGCCAGGUCCGCCUCCGACAUCCCACUGCUGUUCAGUUUGCGAAAAACACUUUAGGCACCUAUCAGUGCUAACAGUACACAUGAGGUCCCACACAGGAGAGAAACCUUACUCGUGCCCUGACUGUGGCAAGAAUUUUGCUCAAAGCGGCACGCUAAAAGUCCACCAGAGGAAACACACAGGAGAAAGGCCAUUCCUCUGCGCAGACUGUGGCAAGGGUUUCCAAACUAACGGGAAGUUGAUUGACCACCAACGGAAACAUCACAGAGAGAACGUGGUCGACCCCUGGUGUACGGUUUGUGGAACGGCAUUCAGCUCAAAGCUCAAACUAGAGCGUCACUUAAAGACGCACAUUGGGGAGAACCCAUACCGCUGCCCUUUCUGUAGCAAGAGGUUUUCUACCAAAUGGAACAUGAUACAACACCAGCAGGUCCACACAGGAGAAAAACCCCACUCAUGCUCUGACUGUGGCAAGAGCUUCACUCAUAAAUCCACUGUGUCGAUGCACAAGCGAAAGCACUGCAUCCACCGUAUCAGAGAGGGGUGUCCAUCUGAAUCAGCACAACCCAAGAAAACUCACCCUUGUUCGGAGUGUGGGAGACUUUGUCUGUCGUUAUCGGAACUGCGGAUACACAUGCGAAAACACACGGGAGAGAAGCCGUUCUCCUGCCCUGAAUGUGACAAGAAAUUUGUGACUACAUCACAUGUAAAAGCUCACCAGCGAAUGCACACUGGGGAGAAACCGUAUUCCUGCCCUGACUGUGGGAAAGACUUUGCUUAUUUACGGGAUAUGAAAGCACACAUGAAGAGAAUACACACCAAAGGGGAUGGAUCUGCAAGACUCCCUCCUGUCAAAGCCCACAGCUGCUCUGUAUGUGGACAAAUGUUUUCUGCCAAAAAUGUUCUAGGGAGACACCUGCUCAUCCACUCGGGCAUCAAGCCUCACAAGUGUGCAGAUUGUGGGAUGUGCUUCACUCAGAAAACAAAUCUGAUCUCACAUCGGCUAACUCACACUGGAGAGAAGCCUUACAGCUGUGUUCGGUGUGGGAAGAGGUUCACACGCAAGAGAGCGAUGAAGCAGCACCAGCAAUCCUCCUGUGCUGCGGUAAAAGCAGAGAACGAGAAGAGUCCGUCUGCAGAAUCAGAACUGGAAACAUCUAAGAAGUCACCACAGAUUGAAAGUACCAAGAAACUGCGUGCACUGGGAAGACCGAGGAAAUCGCCUGGAAGACCAAGACAAUUGCCUACACUGCAUAGAAUGGAGCAACCUGGAAGAUCAGCAGCAGUUGGAAGACCUAAGAGAUUUCGUCAAAUGAAGAAUCCCACUAAACCACCUACAAAGGGCAUGACACCCCACUUGUCUGAUGAUGCAGUCUGCUUCGGGAAGGACUCUGAUUGGUUACCUAACAACCAACUAGAAGUAGAGCCUGGGGGCCCCAGACAACUGGAGGAAGACGUCUUUGUCGUUUGGGAGGAGGACAAGGAGGUGGUCAGGCACGCACCAGAGCAGGGAGUGAAGAGCGUCGUGUGUGACACCCCCCAGGAGGUCAAGGGUCAUGCCUCCCUCAGUAGCUCCCUGCUGUGGGGUCUGAAGAUGCUAUCUGUGAGAUUGGUGGACUGCAGGAAAACACAGGAGGCCAAUGCAGACAGUGGGAGGGGCUUGCCAUCUGCAAAGGCUCCUAGGUUGAAAACGAUGCAACAAGCGGAGGAUUUGGAGAAGCCUUACAGCUGCCACCAGUGUGCAAAGGGUUUCCCCACCGCAGUGGGUUUAAAGUCUCACCAGAUAGUGCACUCAGGAGUGAAGCCUUACAGCUGCGAUGAAUGUGGGAAGAGUUUUGCUAGAUCAAGUGAACUGGUAGUACACCGGAGAGUACACACCGGAGAGAAACCAUUCCACUGCUCCGACUGUGGGAGGAGCUUUUCUACUUUAAGCUCACUGAUAACCCACCGGCGAACACACACAGGAGAGAGGCCUUACAGCUGUAAUCAGUGUGGAAAAAGUUUUGCAACAUCGAAUGCUUUGAAGAGCCACCAUCGAACACAUACAGGAGAGAAACCUUAUAGUUGCGAUCAGUGUCCGAAGACCUUCGCUUACUCACAGCUGCUGAAACUGCACCAGCAAAAACACACAGGAGAGAAGCCUGAGACGCCUUUCAGCUGCGAUCAAUGUGAAAAGAGUUUUACUACAUUCAGUAGGUUGAAGGUACACCAGUCAAAACACACUGGUGAAAAGCCUUACCAUUGUGAAGUGUGCGGAAAGCGGUAUAGAUUUCGUUGCAUGCUGUCAUACCACCAGAAAACACACACAGGAGAGAAACCUUACAGCUGCACUGUGUGUGGGAGGAGCUUUGCUCACUCAAGUACCAUGGCCAGCCACCGGCGUGUACACACUGGGGAGAAACCUUUCAGCUGUAAAAUCUGUGGAAAGUGUUUUGCCCAGGCAUCUACAUUGGCAGGUCACAAGCUGACCCAUACUGGAGAGAAACGUCAUAGUUGUCAUAUCUGUGGUAAGAGAUUUUUUACAUCAUCAAAACUCAAAGCUCACCUGCGAAUACACACUGGAGAGAAGCCGCCUGUGAGAAAGAAGGAAAAGCGUAACAGAGUGGAAGAAAACACAGGAGACGAGUCAUUCCUCUGCAGUCACUGUGGCAAAUGUUUCUCAUCAUUUUCAAAAAUGAAAUCACACGAGAGGAUCCACACAGAAGACAAGUCACUCCCCUGCAGCAUCUGCGGAAAGUGUUUCUCCUCUGUGGGUAAACUGAACGCUCACAAGAAAAGACACACUGCCGUCAAAUCCCACUUCUGCCCCGACUGCGGGAACAGCUAUUACUCCGCGUCACACCUUAGGGCCCACAUGAGGUCCCACUCUGAAGGCAAACCGUUUCUCUGUACCGAAUGUGGAAGGAGUUUUAAACUCCCACAGACUCUGAAAAGACACAUGCUGACACACACAGGAGAGAAACCCUGCCAUUGCUCUGUUUGCGGGAGAGACUUUGCACGCCAUAACUCUCUGAAAAUACACAUGCGAACACACACAGGAGAAAAACCUUACCCCUGUCCACAGUGCAACCAAAGGUUCUAUUCGUCGUGCAACCUAGUUUCUCAUCUGCGCGUCCACACUGGAGAGAAACCUAACCAGUGUGUUGAUUGUGGGAAAUGUUUUAGUUCUGGGUCGAACUUGCGUGUUCACCAGAAGUCUUCACAUGGGAUAGAAAUAUCACCAGGUGGGAAAAAGCUGCAACGACAGGCACCAUCUGGGAAGAAACUUCACCACUGCCCUGAGUGUAGCAAACGGUUUAAGUCUUUGUCUAGCCUGCAUGUUCAUGAGAGAACUCACAAUUCGGUAAAGACAUCGAUUCUGUAUCAACACUGAUGGAGAUAAUUCAUUACUAAAUUGCUAUAUGUCCCAAAUGUCACCCUAAUCUUUGCAUAGUGUACUACUUAUGUCAGACGCCUCCCUAAAGUGUGCUGGAUUUGACCACAUUCCUAUGGGAACCAUUUGGGAUGCAUAUUUUUAUUUUUUUACUGCCAAGUCCCAGACUCUGAGGUUCAGCUAAAGACAAGUGUUUUGAUGAAUUUGGAUGUUAUUUAGGUUUGUGCCAUUGGGUAGUAUUACGUUUUUAUUCACACCAGAUAAAUGAAUUCCACUACUGCUGGUCUGACAACCAUCACCCUUAAGAGGACCGGGUCUCUGUUGUGUAAAUGAAUGUGACUUGUGUUUGUAAUCAGCUAAAACAAGAUCAGCUGAAGUGAUACUGUCACAGGUUUUAAUCAUUAAGUGGUAGUUCUUGUUAUUUACGCUGCCUAAGAUGUUUGUUCACUUUAUAAAAAUGUAUCAAAUAAAAUGUCAGUUUAAAGUUUGUGUGAGGAAUC